UGGUGAUGAGUGUGUGUGCGAGAGAAUGAGAGAAAGAGAGAGAUAAUGUGUUUUGAAUGCAUGAGGAAUUUAGUCAACAGCUUAGGCCGACUGAGGGCCGAUCGUAGCUGUGCAGUGCACGGAUCGUGCGUGUGAGUGAGAGACCGUGCUCACAGGCACUCCAUCAUCAGCUAUACCCUGCAGCCUCUCUCACUCUCCUUAUCCUCCUCCUGAAAAGAGAGAGAGAUCACGCAACACGCCAGGGAAAAGACGACAAGAAGUGUAGGAGAGAAAAAGAUCUGCAGAGGCAAAGACUCUCUCCUCUCUACAUUGCUCUUUUUCUGAGUGUGAGAGGGAAGGGAAGAGGGAGAGACAGGAAGGCAGUGAGCCGCAGAAAUAAAAAAGUGCUUCUUGUCAUUCGUGCUGCUUUCCCUGCCGUGGCUCCAACCCACAGAGCUCUGGUUGUCAGCCAGCAAAGAGCAGAGUGCUAGAGCAGUAGCAGUGUCUCUCUCUCCACAGAAAGCAGCCUGAGGAAGAGAGGAUGCUAAACAACUUGACAGACACCGAGGAGGGAGAGGGGGGACCCAACUGCCAGGGUGAUGGGAACCCCAAGGAGAGCAGUCCCUUCAUCAACAGCAGCAGUGCCAGCGACGUGGAGAAGAGCCAGCAGUACAAUGGCAAGAAUAUGGCCCUGUUUGAGGAGGAGAUGGACAACAGUCCCAUGGUGUCGUCCAUACUCAGCAGUCUGGCCAACUACUCCAACCUGCCUCAGGGCAGCAAAGAGCACGAGGAGGCCGAGAACGAGGAGGGGGCGGCUCCAUCCAAAAAAAAACCUGCUGUCAAGGCACCAUCGCUGGGCACUCUGAUGGGGGUGUACCUGCCCUGCAUCCAGAAUAUCUUUGGUGUGAUCUUGUUCCUGCGGAUGACCUGGAUGGUGGGCAUCGGAGGGGUCUUUGGCUCCUUCAUCAUCGUCUUCAUGUGCUGCUCCACGACCAUGCUGACAGCUAUCUCCAUGAGUGCCAUCGCAACAAAUGGAGUGGUGCCAGCUGGAGGCUCCUACUACAUGAUCUCCCGUUCCCUUGGCCCUGAGUUUGGCGGAGCUGUCGGAAUUUGCUUCUAUCUGGGAACUACUUUUGCAGGUGCAAUGUACAUCCUUGGAGCCAUCGAACUUCUGCUGAUCUACAUCCUCCCCCAGGCAGCCAUUUUUAAGAUGGAGGGUCUGGAGGGGGCUGAUAUGGAGGCAGCGAUGCUGAACAACAUGCGUGUAUACGGCACCAUUGUGCUCAGUUUCAUGGCCACGGUGGUAUUUGUGGGGGUCAAAUAUGUCAACAAGCUGGCUCUGGUCUUCCUGGCCUGCGUCAUUCUGUCCAUCCUGGCUGUCUAUGCUGGGGUCAUCAAGACGGCCUUUGAACCCCCUGUUUUCCCCGUGUGUAUCCUGGGGAACCGCACUCUGAUCUCCAAGGGAUUUGACGUUUGUGCCAAGGUCAUUGAGCAGGACAACGGCACAGUCACCACCAAACUGUGGAAGAUUUUCUGUGACUCCGAGUUCCUCAAUGCUACCUGUGACGAAUACUUUGCAAACAACAAUGUUUCUGAGAUCCAGGGUAUCCCAGGGGUCAGCAGUGGUAUACUGGCUGAGAAUCUGUUUGGUUACUACCUGGAGAAGGGAGAUUUCUUAGAGAAGCGGGGGAUAUCUGCCAUGCAGGAUCCUGAAGCUAUCAUCACCAACUCCAACCGUUACGUCCUGGCUGACAUCACCAGCUUCUUCACCCUGCUGGUGGGGAUCUACUUCCCCUCCGUCACAGGCAUCAUGGCUGGCUCCAACCGCUCUGGAGACCUGCGUGACGCCCAGAAAUCCAUCCCCAUAGGCACCAUAGCAGCCAUCACCACUACUUCAAUAGUGUACAUGUCUGCAGUGGUCCUGUUUGGGGCCUGUAUUGAAGGGGUGGUCCUAAGGGACAAGUUUGGUGAGGGGGUGAACGGUAACCUUGUGAUUGGUACGUUGGCUUGGCCAUCACCAUGGGUCAUCGUGAUUGGAUCCUUCUUCUCCACCUGUGGGGCGGGGCUUCAGAGUUUGACUGGAGCGCCACGCCUCCUGCAGGCCAUUUCUCGCGAUAGCGUCAUCCCUUUCCUUAAAGUGUUUGGGCAUGGCAAGGCCAACGGAGAGCCUACCUGGGCCCUGCUUCUCACAGCUAGUAUCUGUGAGAUUGGCAUAAUCAUCGCCUCUCUGGACGCUGUUGCCCCCAUCCUCUCCAUGUUCUUCUUGAUGUGCUACAUGUUUGUCAACCUGGCCUGUGCCCUGCAGACUCUACUGAGAACCCCCAACUGGAGGCCUCGCUUCAAGUUCUACCACUGGGCUCUCUCCUUCCUGGGCAUGAGCUUGUGUCUGUCACUCAUGUUCAUCUGUUCCUGGUACUACGCCAUUGUUGCCAUGGUGAUCGCUACCUGCAUCUACAAAUACAUUGAGUUCGCUGGGGCGGAGAAGGAAUGGGGAGAUGGUAUACGUGGCAUCUCGCUCAGCGCCGCUCGCUUCGCCCUCAUGAGGCUGGAGGAGGGACCGCCUCACACCAAGAACUGGAGGCCUCAGAUCAUGGUCCUGGUGAGCAUGGAUGCAGAACAUAAUGUAGAGCAGCCCCGUCUGCUGUCCCUGACCAAUCAGCUGAAAGCAGGAAAAGGCCUGACCAUUGUGGGCACCUCGGUGGUGGGCACAUACCUCAGCAACCAUGCAGAGGCCCAGCAGGCAGACCAGGUUCUGAGGAGGCUGAUGGAGACCGAGAAGGUGAAGGGUUUCUCCCAGGUGGUGAUCUCCUCCAACCUGAGGGACGGAACCUCCCACCUGAUCCAGGUCGGGGGGCUGGGAGGCUUGAAGCACAACACUGUGCUGGUCAGCUGGCCACGCACCUGGAAACAGGCUGAGGACAACCUGCGCUUCAGGAACUUCAUCGAGGUGGUUAGGGAGACGACUGCAGCCAGCAUGGCCCUGCUGGUCCCUAAGAACAUUGCUGCUUACCCGUCCAACGGAGAGCGCUUCACUGAAGGCCACAUUGAUGUGUGGUGGAUCGUCCAUGAUGGAGGCAUGCUGAUGCUGCUGCCCUUCCUUCUGCGCCAGCACAAGGUGUGGAGGAAGUGUAAGAUGCGCAUCUUCACCGUGGCCCAGAUGGACGACAACAGCAUCCAAAUGAAGAAAGACCUGAUCACCUUCCUGUAUCACCUGCGUAUCGAUGCUGAGGUCGAGGUGGUGGAAAUGCAUGACAGUGACAUCUCAGCCUAUACAUAUGAGAAGACUUUAGUGAUGGAGCAGCGCUCACAGAUCCUCAAACAGAUGCACCUCACCAAAAACGAGAUGGAGAGAGAGAUCCAGAGCAUCACUGAUUCAUCCCGUGGUUCUAUCCGUCGUAAGAACCCGCAUAACCUGCGGUCUCAGCAGAGCAGUGAGGAGCCGGCUGGAGUCAGCGUGGAAGAGAAACCGGAGGAGGAGUCUGUGGCUGUCUCCCGCCCUAAACAGGUGCAGCUGAUCCACAAUAAGAACGCUACCCCCACCAGCCCCACGUCCCCCAUCACGCCUGCAGGGGGAGUUGCCACCCCCGGGUCGGAGGUGCAGAUGACCUGGACAGACAAGGCUGAGCACCAGGCCGCAGCAGCCCACCCAGAGCAGGGCGGGAUCAAAGACAUCUUCAACAUGAAGCCGGAGUGGGAGAGCCUGAACCAGUCCAACGUGAGGCGCAUGCACACAGCUCUGAGGCUCAACGAGGUCAUCAUGAAGAAGUCCAAGGAUGCCAAACUGGUUCUGCUGAACAUGCCCGGACCACCCAAGAACCGCAUGGGAGAGGAAAACUAUAUGGAGUUCCUCGAGGUCCUCACCGAGGGUCUCAACCGGGUCCUCCUAGUACGUGGGGGUGGACGCGAGGUCAUCACCAUCUACUCCUGAGAAAACAACCUCAAAUCAUAACAACAACCCCCCACCACCCACUCACCUAGCACCUUAAUGGUUUAUGGCCCCUGCUUCCAUUCUCCCUACACUUUUACUCCCAUCACAUCCCUCAUAUCCCACUAACACCCCUCCCCAGACACACACACAUACACACUCAUAACAUAUCAGCUCACUUUGCACCACGUAGAUAGUAUAUAUUCUGAUUGGUAGACCCAAUGUUUUUGUUCUGUUUGUCCUUGUGUUUUAUUUUACCUGUCUGUCAAUAUUGUUGCUUUUCUUCUUCUUUUUGUAGGGAUGUGGGUUACUUGCAAGAGAGGGGUUGAUAUCUUCUCAUUGCUGGUCUAUUUUAUUUUUUGCUUUUAUUUAUUAAUCUGUUCAUGUAUUUAGAGGAUACACUUCAUAACUUUUUCUCUUUUUGUUGUUAUGCAUUAGUUUUUUAAAUGUAAUUUACGAUAUGAUGUGUUGAGGGAAGGGGAUGGGAUGGGUUGAGAAUUCAUCAAUCAUCAUCAGCAUGUCUUCCUAUGAAUUUUCACCUUGGGGACGAAUCCUGAGCAGCAGCACAGUCUAUAUCAAUUUGAAGGAAGGAAAGAUAACUGCAUGCAUAGGCACAGCACACAGUGACGUGUGGAGGACACAGACAAACUGCUACUAGGAUGUUGUUGUCAGGGUUGAGGUCAAUGUCAUACCAGUCAGUUCAUAGAUGGGAGUUGAAAUGUAAUCAAUUAAUUGAAUGAAUUACAUUUGUCAUUGAACUCACUGAAUUCUGAUGGUUGGUGUUGACCCAAAGUUGAUUACUGUAAAUAGUGUGCUUUGUCCUGUCAUGUAAUACAUACUAUUACCAGCUGAUGCUCCUCCUGAUCAGUGACUAGUGCUGACAAGACCUUUAGGUGGCAUAAACUAUUGUUAUUACAGUUUAACAACUGUAAGGAGAAACCCUGAAAAUGUAUUGAUAUAAAGUAGAUAUGGAUGUCAAGAAACUACUGUGUUAUAAUCUAAAACAAAAGUCCAUGUGUUUGAAACUAUCAUACCAAAUGGCAACAAUUUCAAUAUAUUACCAUGUAGUCUACAUUAGAAAAUGUAAAUUGCUAAUUUAGAGACACUCAUAAAUAUAUAAUGUUUGUGAUACACUGAUAUAUUUUAGUAAAUACCUCUGUUUUUCUUUAUCAUCAUUUGGUUUACACUAAUUCCAGUCUAGAAAUGUGAAUUCUACAAUUCUUGCCAAAUACAAAUAUACAAAUUGUGCCAUAGGACAAUAAAUAACUUUUUGAUACAAACUUA